AUGGCUUCUCCAAACUACUUGCUUCCUCCUAAAGAUUACCAAGGACGUAGCAGGUCAACUGAUCACGUCACAAGCAAUACCUUUUCAAAGAAGCUUCCAACCCACCGUCAUAACUAUGUCACUGCUACUAAAAUGCGUCUGCGGCUUCGGCUAGCUCUUUACAAAAUCAAAACUAAACAAACCCGGCUUCCUCUUGCAGAUCUUGCUCAUACAAACACUGAAUCAUCCAUAUCUCCCGUCCCAACUCUUUUUUCUCCAGCAUCAAAUGUAUCUUCCUCUUCCUUCACUUCAAUGGACUUUCAGUACUCUUCUCUUUCCUCUUCCUUUUCCUCUUCCUCUUCUUCUUCUCGUUUCAUGUACUCUCCUUCACAUGCCUAUUCGUCUUCUUCUAUCCCACAAAACAUUCCUCUGGGUCCGCCUCAGUUUCACCUUCAAACUAUUCCCAAACAUCAUAAUGUUCCUGUCUACCAUAUCCAGCAAUAUCCAUACUACAACUACAAUCAAAUACCAGCAUCAGUUCCCACUCUUAUUUACCAAGAUCAUAGUCCUUUUCAACAACAGCAAAACCAUUAUUUUUUUCAACAAGGCCUUGCGCCUGCGCCACGUCUUCAUACAGGCCCUAUCGUAAAAUUAGGUCCAUCCUCUGCAAAUAUCUCUACACCUUUGGUCUUUCGCAAUCACACCCAGGAUUCUAUACGGUUAACUCUGCGUUAA